AUGAAGACCCCGCAACAGUAACAGCUACUUAGAAUUAUAAUGAAGACGAUGACCUGGGCUCGUGACUCACAUAAUUUAUUCGACUAUGAGUCUCGCAGCUGCCACAAGAAGAAGCUUAUGGCUUCAAAUCCUUGCAACAUAAUUCGAUGCGACACAGAAGUUGACCUUAUUUCCGAUUUCACAGAUAUAUCCCGACUGGCGCCUCAUUCUCAGAUCUUAGCCACUGUUUCUCAAAGAAAUGGGAUUUUCUACCUAAGUUCUGAGCAAUCAGAGCCAAUUUGGAUGAUAGUUAGAUCCCUAAAAACUUCCGAAGGCUCAGGAGUACUUUUAAAGCAAGGAGAUGUCAUAAAACUAGGCCGAAUAGUGUACAGAAUAAAACAGCUCAGCACAGGCAGCUCCGACUCGUCCAGCGACCAAACCCAAGAAAGUGAAGACGAAUGCGAAAUCCCGAAUGAGCAUGAAACAACGACAUGCCGAAUUUGUUUUGGCGAGUCCGAAGGCUCAGAAAACCCUCUAAUUUCUCCAUGCAGUUGUACAGGAUCAGUUAAAUUCAUUCAUUUGCGAUGUUUGCAGAGAUGAUUGCUUUCUCGAGUUUCUACGCGGUCAGGAGAAAAUACGUGCUGCUAUCAAUGAAAAUCAAUGGAUUGCGAAAUUUGCAAGAAAAAUUAUCCUUUUAGCCUAGAUGUCCAAGGGAAGGAAAAAGAACUAUUUCAAGUCGAGAAAUCGGAUUUACCCAGAAUUGUAAUUGAAGGCGCAGAUGAUGGGAAAGGAGCAAGUAAAGCUGUAUAUGUAGUGACUUUUAGUGAAAACUCAACAGUCAAGCUGGGAAGAGGCCAUGAGUGUGAAGUGAGGAUAUCUGAUAUAUCAGUAUCAAGAUGCCAUGCCACCAUUCAUUUCAAUAAUGGAAAUUUCACUAUUGAAGACAAUAAUUCCAAAUUUGGGACUUUAUUACAAGUAAAUUAGGGAGAAAAUGAUUUUCUUAACUAAAUUAGCAUUUUAAUUUAAAAUAAAAAUAAAAUAUUACAAGUGAACGACCCACUUCCACUGCUUGCAAAUUCUGCCAUCGCAUUGCAAGCUGGAAGAACUGUAAUUGCUGUAUCUCUGAAAGGAGAUGAAAGUGUUGCAUAUGAAAAUUCAUUAGAUAGAUUGCCUGCUCAUAAGCGGUCAUUAUAA